AUGAUUCGCUUUAUUUUAAUUCAAAAUCGAGCUGGUAAAACUCGGUUGGCGAAAUGGUACAUGAAUUUUGAUGAUGAUGAGAAACAGAAAUUAAUAGAAGAAGUUCACGCUGUUGUUACAGUCCGUGACGCCAAACACACCAACUUCGUGGAAUUUAGAAACUUCAAGAUAGUGUACAGAAGAUAUGCCGGACUGUAUUUCUGUAUAUGUGUGGAUGUGAAUGACAACAACCUCUGCUACCUUGAGGCCAUACACAAUUUUGUUGAAGUUCUCAAUGAAUACUUCCACAAUGUGUGUGAACUCGAUCUUGUAUUUAACUUCUAUAAGGUAUACACGGUGGUGGAUGAAAUGUUCCUGGCUGGUGAGAUCCGGGAGACGUCCCAGACCAAAGUCUUGAAGCAACUGCUAAUGCUCAACUCCUUAGACUAA